AUGACCCCCCUACUCAAGCUAUCCAGUCUCCUAACCCUCAUUCUCCCCAUAACCGCAAUCAAGAACCCAAUCCUCCCAGGCUGGAAUCCUGACCCCUCCAUCCUGCGCCUCAACAACGAAUACUACCUCACAACAUCCUCCUUCGAGUACUUCCCCGGCCUCCCUAUCUACAAAUCCACAGACCUAGCCAACUGGACCCUCCACUCACAUGCCCUAACAAAACCAUCCCAACUAGCCCUCUACGGGACCCCAACAGGCGGCGGAACCUGGGCCCCAACCCUAUCCUACAUAAACAACACCUUCUACAUAUCCAGUAUGACGCGCUGGACCUACGACCCGAUCGCCAAAGUCUGGCCGCGCAUCACAUGGAUCUCGUCCCCCGAUCUAGAAACCUGGAGUGACCCCGUCUGGGCCGAGCCAUGGGGCAUCGACCCGUCUUUGUUCCAGGACCCUGUCUCCGGUGACGUCUAUCUGAACCUGAUGGCGCCGGAUAGCAAGGAAACCGGGAUCUGGGGCAUUUAUCAAUGCCAAGUUAAUCUUUGCACUGGGGAUUGUGUAGAUGAGUACCGGUCCUUGUGGAACGGGACGAUGCCACAUGAUGCUAGUGCCAGGCCGGAGGGCCCGAAGAUGUUUAUGAGGGGGGGCGGAACAGACGAUCUCCACCGCGCGAGCAUCGCACGAUCACGAUCGCCGCAGGGUCCAUGGACUUCCAACCCGGACAACCCGCUUCUGUUCAACGGAGCGUAUGGAUUCGAUAACCUGACCGUGCAGUCGACCGGGCAUGCUACUAUUUUCGACACCGCCGACGGGGACUCGUAUGCUGUGUACAUAGCCCGGAGGAAGGUCAACGGGUCGUCACCGUUAGGGCGGGAGACCUUCCUCUCUCCUGUGACCUGGAAGGACGGGUGGCCUGUCAUCAACGACGGGCGACCAGUUCUCCUGAGCGAAUCCUUCGGUGGCGUGGUUGACCAAAGCAACCCCCAAGAAACCUGGGUUGAUCGAUUCGACGGAUCUGUGCUUGGGAACGGGUGGUACCAGCUUCGGACGCCGUACACGCAGAACGUUGUGCUCGGGGAUCAGGGGGGUGUAGUCUUUCGACCGAACGUGUACUCCCUCAGCGAGAGGGAUGUCCCGGCGGCUAUUCUGCGGAAGCAGACGUCGUUGAAUAUGACGUUUAGCGCGGAGUUGCUUCCCAUCAUGUCUGAUCUGCGGAGUGGGGAGACGGUGGGGAUUAGUGUUUAUUUGAGUGAGUUUCAGCAUCAGGACAUUGGGGUCCGGGGAUGUGCGAAUGGGACUGGUAUGUGUGUUUAUACGCAGCUUUUGAGGAACGCGACGGUUGAGUAUAAUGAGGUGGCGCUCGAUGCAUCGGGGAGGGAUUGUGUUGUGCUGCAUAUUCGAGCUGAGCCGCUGCAUUAUCAUUUUGGGUACAGUGUGGGCGACUCGCGGGUGCACUGGCUGGCGUCUAUUGAGUCGAAGUGGUUGGCUUUUGCGCCGCCGGGCUGGUUUGUCUUUGAAGGGGCCAGUUUUUCCCUUUUUGCUAGUGGGAAUGGAAGGCCGUGGUCUGUUGGGGCGCCUGAGGUUGGGUUCAGAAGUGUUACGGAGAGGUACUUUGAGGAGAUUAUUCCGGAUUACGAUAGAUGGAAGUAG